AUGAAUCUUAAUGAUCUCAACAAGGUCUGGGAAAUUAAAUCUCUCAACAGAAUUGGACAGGAUGAAGCCACCGAGAUUCUUCAAAAAGUAGCUAAGCAGGUUCAACCAAUCAUGCAUAAAAGAAAAUGGAAAGUUAAUCUCCUUUCUGAAUUCUGUCCUGCCGAUCCAUCUCUGUUAGGGAUGAAUAUAGGACCUGGUGCAGAAGUUAAGCUCAGAUUAACAAGGCCUAACCGCGACUGGGAUUUCUUCCCGUAUGAACAAGUUCUCGAUACCAUGUUACACGAGCUUUGUCAUAAUGAACAUGGCCCUCACAAUGCUCAGUUUUAUGACCUUUUGGAUGAAAUUAGGAAGGAAUGUGAAGAACUGAUGGUCAAAGGGAUCAGCGGUACUGGGAGACGUUUGGGUGGGUUCAGCCAGCAACCGCCUUUGUCGUCACUUCGCCAGACUGCAUUGGCUGCGGCUGAAAGCCGAACACGCAAUGGAGUUUUACUGCCUCCUGGACCUCAGCGUUUAGGCGGUGAUAGCAAUAUUAAGUCUGCCCUGAGUCCAAUACAAGCUGCUGCCAUGGCUGCUGAAAGGAGAUUGCAUGAUGAUAUGUGGUGUGGGUCAAAGUCUUCGGAGGGUAGGAGCUCUAGUGGACCUUCUGAGAAAUCUAUUCAAACUCCAGUUGGGGAAGCAAAAUGGCAGUGCAAUACAUGCACUUUCUUAAACAAGCCAUUGGUGUUGCAAUGUGAAGUCUGUGGAACAAAGAAGCAGAAAGAUGUUAGAAAGUUAAAAGUUUGGUGUUGCAAAUUUUGUACUCUAGAAAAUAGUAAUGAGCAUGAUAGAUGCUUAGCUUGUGGAGAAUGGAGAUAUUCACAUGGCCCGCCAGUCUCCGUGAGUGGGCCUUAUGCUGGCACCUAA